AUGCCGCCAACAGGAGGAAGCUUUCUCAAGAUGCUGACCAAACGCAAAGCUUUGUGCGACUGCUCCCGGGCCCCCCCUGAUGCGGCUCUCGAGCCUUUUCCACUUCAGUACAUGCGAAGCCCCUCGGACACAGUUUCUCCUCGAGGCCCAUCCAGUGACCAGAGUAUGAGUGCCCGUUUGCAGCAGUGCCAGCAUGCUUUGCAGUUGUUGGGUUUUCCUUCAGUCGACGCCUUUGUUCUCGAAUACUAUACAGCACGGUUCGGACCCGGGUCGCGAAGAUCAGGUGUGGAACAGCGCGAAGGUCUGAAUACGCUAGAUCGUCUGGCUAUGUUGUUGCAGAAUGAGUCACCACGAGGGGAUGCUAUGGACACGGGUGGUUUACAACGGGAUAUCGAAAAGUCUGCUCGCGAACUUUGCAUUGCAGAGCUGCGAGACAUUGACCACAAAUUAUACGAUCCCGAUAAAGCGGAACACCAAUUCCCACAAAUAUAUAAGUUGUUAUACGAUAUGCUGACGGUGGUCGGAUGUCGGCCCGACUUGGUUGAUGCGACGGUCCGAAGCUCAAUCCAGGGGCUGUUGAGUACUAGUAGCAAGUUGUCGUAA